AUGAAUUCUGAUCAAGAUAAUGCUAGUCAAGACGGAAAAGCUCCAAGUUUGCCACCUGCUAGCCCGUCAUCUGGAAAUACGGCCCAAUUGGAUGCAGAUAUUCCCGGGUUUGAGUUUGAAUUGGAGGAAAAUCUGGUCAACACUUCUUCGGUUGAAUCCACGAGUUCGAGUGCUCCAGAUUUUGAACCUGGAAGACAUCCGAAUGCAAAGUUGUUCGUUAUUAUUUUCGCACUUCUCGGGAACUCCGUCAUCAUCUAUCAAGCAUGUCGUGAUAUUCCGAGAGAGUAUCGUUCGUUUUUUUGUUUGAUCUUCUCUUUUGACACGUGCAUUUUGGAAUUGGACCGAGGAAUAAAACUAAUUGAGCUCUUUGAGUUCCUGCUCCACAUCACACUGGAAUUACUCGUUCCUUUGAGUACAAUCAUCACCUUUUUCAUCACUCAACUCUUGAUUUCACUUAUUCCAAUUAUGUCGUACCGAUUGAGAAACCCAGUUCCAAUGCUGGCAAAAAUAAUUUUUCUGACGAUGUUUCUUCAUUGUCUUGCGAAUAUUCUAAAGUCCCUUUCGAUGCUCUCUUAUCUUGGAACAACUGACCAAAAAGAAUUUUGGCAAGAAUAUUUGAUUGUCAGUGGACUUGGGCUCUUUUGGAUGUAUCAGUUGUUAAAUAUGAGCACUUUUUCAAGACUGACAACUCUAAACUAUUAUCGAGCACAAGAAACAGUACGAUUAAGAAAUAAUCCAAUUGAUGAUAUAUGA